AUGUCGUGGUCCGACUGGCGUACUGUCAUCAAGCCCAAAGUUCAGGGAACAUACAAUCUCCACAACGAACUGCUGAAUCAACCCCUUGACUUUUUCUGGAUGGCUUCCUCUCUCGUAAGUGUCAUUGAUCAGACAGGGCAAGGCAACUAUGGCGCUGCAAACACCUUUUUAGAAGCCUUUGGGCAGUAUCGAAGGUCCAUGGGCUUGCCUGCCAGCGUUCUAAACAUCAGUCCCAUUGAUGGCAUCGGAUACGUGGCAGAGAACCCUCACGCUCGACGCUCUAUUAAGUUUCAAGACAUGGGUUUCGAAACAGAAAGUGAUUUUCUUGACGCUGUGGAGCUUUCGCUCCUGCACUCUCGUAUUCAUGUUGAAGAAGACAGCCUCAAGACAACAGCGAAUCCACCUGAGCCUUGGGCAAACAAGUCCCAGAUCGUCAUGGGCCUGCGCUCGACGGUUGACUUGAACGACGAGGCGGCCCGCACAAACUGGCGAUUUAACCGUCGCAUGGGCUUCUACCACAAUAGAAAACCAAAAGGAGGUCAAUGCAACACAGAAGGGGAUAUCGCUGGCGCCAACCAGGCCCUGAAGAACUUUCUCGCCCGCGUUUCAAGAGACAUUUCUGUGUUGGAAGACGAUUCAGAACUUAGCUUUCUUGCGCGGCACAUCGCGCUCAAGAUUCUCGAUAUGACGCUAAAACCAGCCGAUACGCCUGUGGACCCAAAUACGUCAACCCUGUCGCAAAUGGGCAUUGAUUCGCUGAUGGCCGUAGAGCUGCGACGAUGGUUCCGCUCGGCUUUUGGGCUGCAAAUCAGUGCCCUUGAGCUAAUGCAGGCUGGUACUAUGAUGCAAGUUGCGAGGACUAUUGCGGGCAAAAUAAAGGAUAAAUAUGGAAUGUUAAGUAACUAA